AUGGCGGACGUUAAUGGAACUCUUACCUUGGUACCGCCUCCACCCGGUUAUGUUGUCAAUUUCGAGAGCCCGCAAAGGCAGCUGGUAAUCGAGACAUACACUGUCACCGUGAUAGAAAACAUUCUAGCAUUCCUGUUCUUAUCGCAACUGUUUGUCAUAAUCGCCUGGGUGUUCUCGUCUGCCACACAGGCCGUCUUGCUCGUUGCAUGGCAUGAAGGCGUGCUGGGAGUACAUACAUGGGAGAUAUCCCUUGAAAAUUACAAGCUAUACGCCCGACUGAUCUUCGUGUCACCGCUCGUUUAUGCGCCUUGUAUGGCUUGCUCCAAAGCCGCCCUGUGUCUUUUCUAUCGCCGUCUGAACCCCAAUCGAUACUAUCAGAUCGCCGUAGCGGCUACACUUUUCAUCGAUGUCGGCGCCUAUACGGGCAUCUUCUUUAGCCUUCUCUUCUCUUGUCGUCCGAUUCGAGCAGGGUGGGAGCCCCUGUUAGCACCUACAGCUGUCUGUAUCAACCAAGGAGCAAUAUACAUCGCGACCGCCGUUAUAGGAAUCGUGACAGAUGCUCUGAUCAUUUCCAUACCUAUUCCAACGAUUUGGGGACUGCAGAUGCCACGAAAGCAGAAGAUUGGACUCACGGCAAUGUUCGGGGUUGGAUCAAUGCAAGUCUUAACACUAGUCACAUCGACUAUUCGUCUGAAAGUUCUCAUCCCGGCAUUGACGUCCAUUGACCAGCCGUGGGUCAUCGGUGAAGGAGCAAUGUGGAUUAACAUCGAGGCGAAUCUCCUCAUCAUAUGCUGCUGUCUCCCAACUGUCCGGCGUUUCCUCAAGCACGUCGCACCAACUCUGAUCGGCGAAGACGGGGACAAUGCAUCGCCGCGUGAAAGCGACAGCCGCAGAAAGCGCACAUGGGGCAGCAUGGGCGGCAGACCCAAGCGCCGAUUCGACACGCUCAUGAACACCAUCGAUGAUAGCGACGCCAAGAGCAAUGUCCAGCUCGAAGAAAAGACAGUCGAUAGCAAGAGGCGAAGCACACGAGAGGUACGCAUAAACGGAAUGCGUAUACGGGGUGAUGAUGGCAGCGAAGAAGCAAUAUUUUAUGAGCGGACGGUAGAUGUGAUAUAUGAGAACGUGUAG